AUGGAGACAUUUAUUAAUUUACUCUUGACUUCAUGCACGUUGCAUCUCGUUGUCAAUUUUUGCCCAGUUGUGAAUGCAUCCAGGAGGCCAUGGACAACUGCUGAUAAAAGUUGGGCUGGGACGAGGAGGGCCAGAGCUGUAAACACACCGAUACCCAUCAACUGUAAGCUUGGGAGCUGGUCAUCUUGGACUCCUUGUAACUCCUGCACAGACAAAAUGAUCCGUUUCAGAUACAUAGAGAAGCCCUCACAGUUUGGUGGCACAGAGUGCCUUGAGACACUGUGGGAGAAGCUGGCAUGUCCAACAGUUACAACCCAGUGUCUGGUGACAGAUUACUGUGGAGAGAGCUUCACCUGCAAAGAAACAGGGCGCUGCAUUAGCCAGUCCCUUCGCUGUAAUGGGGAGUCAGACUGUGAGGAUUUUUCUGACGAAGAUGGCUGUGAAGACUUCAGCCGGCGAGAUGACAAGUGUUCCACCAUACUACCGAUCCCUGGUGCUGAACGUGGCACUCAGGGCUACAACGUCUUGACUGGAGGCUUUGUGGAUCAUGUACUUGACCCAAAAUACUUUGGAGGAAAGUGUGAAUAUGUCUAUAAUGGUGAAUGGAGGAAAUUCAUCUAUGACGCAUUCUGUGAGAACCUGCACUACAAUGAAGAUGAGAAGAAUUACAGGAAACCUUACAACUACCAUACCUACCGUUUUGUGGCUCAAGCUACAUCAGAAGGCUCUCAGGAAUACUAUGAAGAUAUGGUAAGCCUGCUGAAAGCAAGGAAAACUAUGGAUUCUUCUAAUAGCGGCGUCUCAGUUGGGAUCUAUUAUGUGGAAGUGGGACUGACCGCAAGUGUCGAAUCUGAGUUUCUCAAGAACAUAACGCAACAUAAAAGCCAGGACCUAGGGUUUGUCAGGCUUUGGACGAAAGUGCAAACAGCCCACUUCAAAAUGAGAAGUAAUAAGUUGAUGCUUCAUGAAGAUUUCUACGUCUCACUCAUGGAGCUCCCAGAGCAGUAUGACUUUGGGAUGUACUCCCGCUUCUUCAGCACAUUUGGCACCCACUAUGUCACAGAGGGAGCUAUGGGAGGAACCCUCGAAUAUGUUGUAGUCGUCAACAAAACGUCUAUGGCAGAAUCAAACAUUGAGGGUAAACAAGCUGGGAGAUGCUUUGGUGCCUCUAUUGGUUUAAGCUAUCCUCUCAGCAGCUAUGAUUCAGUACAACUCAAAGUGGGUGGGAAUUCAUGCACUAAAAAAGGAUCAUAUAGUAAAGGCAAGGACUCCAAUUCAGCUAUGAUUGAGGACAUUGUUACUCUAGUGAAGGGGGGAGUCACAUACAGCAGCAGUGGCCUGUUGGCUAUCAGGAACCCUGACACCUACAGGAACUGGGGAGCGUCCCUUAAAUACAACCCAACACUCAUCGAAUAUGAGACCAUGCCAAUUUAUGAGCUAGUGCGCCUCAGCACAGCCGCUGACCAUGUAGGUGCGAGACUGGCCAACUUGGAGAGGGGCUGGGAUGAGUAUCUGCAGCAGUUUGACUCGUGUCGCUGCGCCCCCUGCAGGCACAACGGCAUCCCUGUCCUCACGGGUACCUCCUGUAACUGCAUCUGUAAGUCAGGCUACCAUGGAACGGCCUGUGAAGAGACUCUGAGGGGAGAUACCAAGACAGAUGGGUCAUGGUCAUGCUGGGGGCCCUGGUCAUCCUGUGCAUCAGGGAGGAAGACUCGGACAAGAACCUGUGAUAACCCUGUACCUGAUGGGGGCGGAACAACCUGCCUGGGCUCCCCCUCUCAGACUCAACGCUGUUAA